CAUAGCACAGCUUUACUCAGGGUGCUUUAUUUUGAAAGUCCGCGGCGGGACGUCUCGAGGCGAUUGUCGGUACUUGACAGCCGGCGAGCCUUUGAAAGUCUUGAGUCUGACUUCGGUCCAGGAGACCCAUGUCCGCCGUCAUAGGCGAGCCCUCCUCACCUCGGCUCCGAUUUUUUUUAAAAAAACGAAUUCUCCAUGAAAUAGCAGCGACGCGCGGGCCUCAAGGAUGGCCAACUCGGGUGCCGUUCAGGUCAAACUAGAACUUGGUCACCGUGCACAGGUCCGGAAGAAACCCACGGUGGAAGGCUUCACCCACGACUGGAUGGUGUUCGUCCGAGGGCCGGAGCACAGCAACAUCCAGCACUUUGUGGAGAAAGUGGUUUUUCACCUGCAUGAAAGCUUCCCUAAGCCAAAAAGAGUGUGCAAGGAUCCACCGUACAAAGUGGAGGAGUCUGGGUAUGCAGGCUUCAUCUUGCCUAUUGAAGUUUACUUCAAAAACAAGGAAGAACCGAAGAAAGUUCGCUUUGACUACGACCUGUUCCUCCACCUUGACGGCCACCCGCCUGUCAAUCAUCUCCGCUGCGAGAAGCUUACCUUCAACAACCCAACGGAGGAGUUUCGUAGAAAGCUGCUGAAAGCCGGAGGGCAACGGGAUCCUCACAAACGAAGUUCAGAAGACUCAAAAGUGAUGGUAAUGCAGGAGGGCUCAACCUCCCUGUUCGGCCAGCACCUGAAGCUGCCUACUCUUCCCAAUAGCUCGCUGACAUCGACCUUCUCCGACCCAAAGAAGAGUAAAAGCUUCCUCAGUUCGAAGGAUGGCUCCAAAGGAAGUGGAACUACCCUUCUCACCACUGCCACAACCACCAGCACCAACACCAACAGCUUUUCCAAACCCUACAAACCAUCCAAGGACCACAAAGACAAGCCUCCAAAAGACUUGAAAGAUCCCAAAAGUGCCUUCAGAGACUCUGUCUGGGAACCCAGCAAAGCCCCCAAAGAACCUACCAAGAAACCCAAAGAGAACCAGCCCCUUAGGGAUAUAAAUCCUAAGAUGGGCUUCAAAGAACCCAAGUCUUUGUCCAAGGAGCAUCGGACUGAGGGUAUCACCCAUGGGUCAGUGAUAAACAAGCGUUUAUCCACCCCUGAUGGUGACGAUCCUCUUGCCAAAAAACGUAAAAAGGGAUUUGUGGAUUCUUCUGGGAAGCUAAUGUCGGGUUCAGAUGCUCAACAUUCAGAAAAGAAACUAUUGAAAGAUAGAUCACAAGUGCGAACAAGUAAAUUACGACCCGAAGGUGAUGGGACUGAGCGCAAGAAGGUGUCAACGCUUCCUCCAUUCCAGGAACUGGUGGACCCCAAUGACUCUGAUAUGGAGGACCAGUCCAACAUAUCAGAUUCCGAACAGCCCAGUCCAGCCAGUUCCAGCUCCAGUUCAGGCUUUGCUCCCACCCACCACAAACGACAAGUGGUGGACUUCAUCAUCAGGAAAAGGCUGGCUAUUCCUGCCACCACCCACACAGUGCUGGGCCCGCUGCAGUCAGUGAUGCAGGAUCUGCACUCCGACGACAACGACGAGGAUUCAGAGGACGAUGACGACAACGACAUGGACUCUGACAUGGAGCGGCUGGCGCACACACACCACACACACCACCAACGCAGGGUCAGUCUAAGUGACGGCAGUGAGAGUGACAGCUCCUCACCCCCCUCCCGCAAUGAGGCCACACCCCUAUUGAAGACUACUAAUAACCAGAUCCUGGAAGUGAAGAGUCCCACCAAGCAGAGCAAACAGGACAAGAACAAAAACCUUGAUUGUGACAAGGCUUACCUGGAUGAGCUGGUGGAGCUGCACAAAAGACUGAUGACACUAAGAGAAGGUCAUAUACUGCAACAGAAGUACAGUAAGGAAACUCCAGAGUUACCUGGAAACCUCCGGCCUGUCCUGAGGCCCCGAGCAGCUGGCUGUUGGAUCUCUGACUUCUCUCGAAUGAACUCUUUGGACGCAAUGCAAAAGCCCCCACUGUGGCCGGGUCCAGUUGCUGUGCGUGUCCAGCCUGCUGGUUGGACUGGGCUCUCUGAAUGAAGAGGCCGUCCGGCUGCAAAGACCAGAGCCCGGUGUCAGGGGGAUGAGCCCUGUCGAUCAGGAGAUCACCCGGAAAGCCUUGAAAAUUUCACUUGAUCUAAAAGAAAAGAAAAAUGGUGAGGAGUGGCGACAGUGUUGCUCUUAAUGAAUGUGCAUAUUGUUACCAUGUAUGUUUCUUGAUUCGUUGUACAUUGUGACUAAUGCAUGGUCAACAUUGCCUUACAAAAAUCGUAAGUCUUAUUUAUUGAAUUUAAUUUGUGUGCGUGCGCGUGUGUGCGUGUGUGUGUAUUUGUAAUGGGGAAAAAAGAGAAGAAAAGCAGCAGAAUGAGACUUUGUUAAAGCACUUCAGAACCGGCCUGUCUUUGACUCUGUGUGACAGUUGAGCAUCACUACAGCAUUCAAUGUGUCACUGACUUGAAUUACAAUCAAAUCUGACUGGUGCAUAUCAACAGGAACAAAAAACUGCCACACCGAAAGAGCUUUUUAUUUUCAAUAAAAAACAAUCUGCAAUUUACAUAAAAACGCCAAAAAUCUUUCAGAAAACCCCGACAGAAACAUAGUGGGAGUGGUUUGGAAACAAUUACUGCAUAUUUUUUUUGUCAAAGUAAAUAAAGCUCGGAUUGGAUCGGGCUUUAACCCGAUCCUGUCAUUCCCCAUCCUUUGAAGACAAAAAUUGUAAGCAAACACCACAAAGGACAGAGCAGCACGCUGUCAGACGAUCUUGCAUACUGAGGCGUGUUCAAAAACAUGACAUAAAACUACUACACAGACGCUUUAAAUUCCCUUUUCCCAUUUCUUUUGUUUUUCCCUCUCGGAGAAGCAUUUUGUUCAAAGAUGUAUUUCUGUCACAGAAGUUCCUGUUGACACGACUUGCACACCGAUGUUUGUCUGCAAUCAUUCCGCAUGCAUAAAAAAUUAAAAAAUACAAACGCACUCGGCAUUUUAACACACCGCACGUCUUUCCAUUCCAAGUGCAGCAUCAUGUGGCAGUUUUUUGAUUCCCAUAUUCGACACUCUAUAGGUUGAGACGCGAGUGGCUUCAUGGACGUUGUGCUGCAGCAGGUCCUGCAUCAUGGGCUGCAACUUUAAAAAAGCUUUGUUGUUUGGAAUGGAACAUGCCAAAAGUGUAGUUUAUAGAUUCAAUUGGUUUAGGAUACUACUUCUGUUUUUCUACAGAAUAUGAUUUAAAUGAAUGAGGAUCUCUUUGCCAUUGGGGGGGGGGGGGUGGAUUUGUAGAACAGACCCAAGCCCCAUAGCAAGGAAAGGGAGAACGAACUCCCCUCAUGAUGUCCGGCGAGUAAAGGAGCAACUCCCGUGUUCUGCAUUUCAAGUGUUGAAUGAAAUGUUUUGGGUAAAUCGAAUGGAAUUUUUCUGACCGACAGGUAUUGGUACGGGUGUAAGAAGAAAAAAAUCUGAUCUUUAAUUUAUUUUGUGGGAGUUGGAUUUGUUAAAUCAAAGCGCAGCGUUCAUUUUCUGAAGAGAAAGCCUUUGUUUGAUUUAUUACAGAGGAUAAACUGUGUCGGUCCUUUCCAAAUGACCUUAAAGGGUUUUUUUUCUUGCCCUGUGUUCAGUCUAACGGCUUCUUGUGUAUUUUGAGGACAUACAAUAAAUAUUCUGUAUGAUGUACAGAUGAGUUAUUAA